GACCACCUGCUCCAAACCUACCUGUGUGUGACCACCUGCUGUCAGCCCGCCUGCGGUGGGUCCAGCUGCUGCCAGCCUUGCUGUCGCCCUAUCAGCUGUCAGACCACGUGCUGCAGGACCACCUGCCUCAAGCCUACUUGUGUGACCACCUGCUGCCAGCCCACCUGCUGUGAGUCCAGCUGCUGUCAGCCCUCCUGCCCCCAAACUUGCUGUCAAAUCACUGAAACCACCUGCUGCAAACCUACUUGUGUGACCAGCUGCUGUCAGCCCACCUGCUGUGGAUCCAGCAGCUGUGGACAAACCUGCGGUGGUUCUAACUGCUGUCAGCCAGCUUCCUGUGCACCCGUGUACUGCCAUAGAACCUGCUACCACCCCACAUGCUGCUGCCUGCCUGGCUGCCAAGCCCAGAGCUGUGGAUCCAGCUGCUGCCAGCCUUGCAGCCGCCCUGUCUGCUGUCAGACCACCUGCUGUCGGACCACCCGCUGCCGCCCUAGCUGUGUGUCCAGCUGCUGCCAGCCUUCCUGCUGCUGAUCACCUUGCCAAGCAUCCACUGUCCCUAUACAGCACCUUCUAUUAAUUGACUUGCUACCUGGGGACAAAACAAAAUCACUGCCUAGACUGUGCUGACAACUGACAUGCUCGACCAGAAUUUCAGUUACUCAUCUCCUUGCUUAAGAGCUUGUGAAGUAGCUUGACGGAGUGCAGGGGGCUUCCUCCAAUUGUCUUCCUCUGGUGUAGGAGGACCAUGUGCCAACUUCCUGCAUGUGUGAUAAGGAAGUAUGUCUUGGUUUUGACUCUGAAAAUAGGAUUGACCGUCUAGUUCUUCUGAGUAACUUAAGAAAACCAGAUCUCAGAAUGUUCCUAUAGGUUUGUAUAGCCUAUCAUAAACUUUAUAAUCAUAUUUUCUCUUUUGCUACCCUCAUAGUUCUUGUAUCAUGCUUUCUCCUUUUACAAUCACUUUUGGGUUUUACCUGUAUGUUUCUCAAUAAAUGGUGUACCACA